AUGACAUUUGUAUUUUUUUCGCUAUCUUUACGACGCGAGUCAUGUUUCGUAAUAACAAACGCGUUUUUAUUUAUUUUGAUAUAUUUAUAAUUAUUAAAAUACAAAAAACAGAGGAAGGAUAAGUGUAUUAAUAUUAAUCAACUUCAAUUACAUAAAACAUUUCAAUUAAUACGGUUUUUUAUUAAGUUAUCGCGAUGAAUAAGGUGGCAGAUAACGAAUUUAGUUCUAUUGUGGACACUUUAGUUAACAUGUUCGGGAAUGUAUUAAAUGUAGACGUUAUCACUGCAGUGGUGGAGAAUUGUGCUGGGGAUUUGAAUCUGUCAGCUGAAGCCAUUAUGAAUAUGACAGAUAGCAAUUCUUCUCAUAAUACCAACACAGAUGUUAAACCCAUGACUAUUCAUUCGGAUGAGACCAAUUUAUCUAUGGAUCUUAUAUCAUUUUCCAGUAAUGAUGAUAACAACCUUGGACUUCGUAAAGUUGACUCCAAAGAAUGUAUAAAAGGAAACCCAUCUAAAAAUGAUAAUGAAAGUGUUAAAUCUCUAUCUGUUCAUUCGACCUUAAAUGUAAAUGCACACGAUUAUAUUCCCAAUUUUAGUGUACAUAAUAUACAUUCAGAUACUGAAAUUAAUGUAAUUACGAACUCUAUGGACCGACCAGAGCCCUCAACUUCUUCCCCAGAAUAUAAAAUUCAGCCUACAAUACAAAAAUCACAUGACAAUGCAUUUCAAUCACUCAUAUCUUAUUCUGGCUUUGCGCGAAAAACUGGUGCUGUACCUAAGAAGGUAGAGAAACCUUUAAAUCCUGAACCUCGUGCAAUAUUAUCACCAGAGAUGCAACGUAUAGCUGAUUAUCAUAGCAAAAAUGUUCGGACUUUGAUUAUCAUGAGAGGUGCUCCAGGAUCUGGUAAAUCAUAUUUAUCACGACAAGUGAUCCAAGCAACAGUUGGAUAUAGUAAUAAGAUAUAUAAUAGUCAUGUAUUUAGUACAGAUGAUUAUUUUUCAAUGAGGGGACCUUAUGAAUUUAACAAAUUCAGGCUAAAAGACGCGCAUGCCUGGAAUCAACAUAGAUCCAGGAUAGCAAUGGAAAGCGGUCUUAGUCCAGUAAUUAUAGAUAAUACAAAUAUAGAGAUUUGGGAAAUGGAGCCAUAUUUUCGGAAUGGUGUAGCAAAUGGCUACAAAAUUGAAAUUUUAGAACCGCAAACUACAUGGGCUAGGAAACCCAAUCAAUUAAUGAAAAAGAACAUUCAUGGGGUGCCUCUUUCAAGCAUUACUCGCAUGCUUGAUAACUAUAAUGAAAACUUAACAAGCGAUUAUUUAAUUAAUUACUUCAAAUUGAGGUAUCCUGAUAAUAUGACUCCACCGGUUUUACGAAACAAACCUCCAGUUAUCUCGGAUAUUUUAAAUAACGAACAAUUCGUCCCUGAAAGUAUUCAAACAAUGGGAACAAAUAAACCACCGUUACUUGUAAAAGAACAAGAAAAUAUAAAAACUGAAAUAUUAAAUCAGAAUCAUGAUUUCCUUAACAUUACAACGGAAAAAGUUGAAGAAGUAAAUAAUUUUGAUUCCAAAGUACCAGGAGAUACCACAUUGAAAAAUGAAUAUACGUCAUUAGGAGAAUAUUGUACAAGCACUAUUGUUAAAGAGGUUUUUUCUGAAAGUACUUCAUCCAUUGAGAAUGAACAAGACAACAAAAAACUUGUUGAUAACUCUGACAUUCAAAAACGGUUAGAAGAAUAUGAAAGAGUAGAUAUAGAAUGGGAAAGUAAUCCACCUUGGGAUGAUAAUAUUCAAAUCAAAAACAAUAGUAACGUACGAACCGAGCCUAAACCGCCACGGAAUUUUAAUCAAACUCGAACAUCAUCAAAUGAAAAAAUAUUAAACUCUUCAAAUUACUGUGCAAACUGGUCUGAUAUUUCAAUAUUUAUGCAACCGUGGUCUGAUGAGGCACAAUCUGUUGAAAAGGAACCUGUUGUAUCUGUAGUGAUGAAUACCACUGGAACAUCGGUAGAAAUAGGAGACACGGAUAUAUAUAACAACCAAAAAAUUUUUAAAGUUCUAUCAUGUAAUCCUAGAGAUAUUAAUGAACAUUUUAUAACACCUCAUAAAGAAAAAAUCCCUGAAAAGCGUAUGUUGGACAAAAGUACGAUGACUAAUGAUAGAUUGAUCACAGAUAUAACACGGUGCAAAAACGAAGAGAAGCAUUUCAAUGCAUUUCGAAGAAUGUUUAAAACGAUAUCAAAAUCAGGCUUACGAGAUAUUUUCGACCAGUGCCAUGGCGAUGUUAACUGGGCAGUAGAAAUAGUACUUGAAGGGAUAUCAAACAAUCAGUUGCAAUUUACUGAUGACUUUGAAUUAUCUGAUGUCGAAGAAGAAAAUCCUGAACAAUGCACUUGUUUAGCAGCUUAUAAUAUCGUGCCCGAUGCUGAAGCAAAAUCCACAUCCACAAUCCGCGUGACUGACUAUACCAAUGACAUUCCAGAAGCAAUUACAAACAAUGUACAGUCAAACAGAAAAUCAAAGAGAGUGGAAGUACCACUUUCAGAAAUGUCUGUACAGUUAAAGAGACAGAUCGAACAAAAUGUAGUUAUUUCAGAUAAUCAUUAUUCCCAGCACUGUUUAAAAAUAAGAAACUUGAGAAGGGGAGAAGGUGCCCCUGAAAUGGAGCAAAAUAUAGAAGAUACUGAAAACGCCGUUGCAUUGCAUUCUUUUCAGUCAGAUCAAGAUUUAUCAUCGGCUGACUGCAGUGACGAAGAAUCUAAUGUUAGUGUAGAUGAAGUUGUUGUAAACAUAAAUGUUGGUCAUGAAUUUAUUAAAAGUAUGGACGAUAUGUUCGGGCGACGUGGUAUGACAUACCCAGAAAAUGUAUUGCCUAAAUUAAGCAUUCCAAUGUCUCUUAUAAAUGAAUUGAAUGCGCUAUGGAUGGAAUCACUGAUGCAUCAACUUGAUGAUUACGACAAACAAUCAGCAGAAAUGGUUAAACAAGAUGAAGAAUUUGCAAGGCAACUGGCUGCGAAAGAAACGGAAAUGGCGGAAGCUGGAAAAGAACCAGAGGUACCUGAUUUCAAAGAAAUUAUGGAUAUGGACUUUGCCGUAGCUUUAUAUCAAAAAGAUGUCGACGAAUGGCGAAAUAAAGUGCCUGACAAUUUAGCAGCUAAAUUGACUCGGGACAAGUUAUUCAACUUAUUCCCGGAGCUCCCGCAAGAAACAUUGUCUGAAUUACUUGUCGCCCACGACAACAAUUUUAAAGCAACCGUCGAGGUACUUUUAAUGUCUACAGGAAAAUCAGAUUUGCUUCAGGAAAAGAAUGGUCUUGUUAAAUUUGUUAUGACUAAAGAACGAGAGCGACAGGAGAAGAUUGUUGAAGAAGAAAAAAAAGCACUUUCAGAGGUGGAAUGGCCUUUGUUACCGAAGGGCGAGAAUGUGGACAUGUCGACUGUGAACAAAUAUCGAGAAACUGCAGCGCAGCAUUUGAGUCGGAGGAACCAGAGCUACAAUAUGGCGCAACAGUACAUCCAUCGCGGCAUGACGUCAGUGGCAGUAUAUUACUCUGACAUGGCCGCUUUCCAUAAACAAAUGUUCGAUCAAGCGAAUAGUCGCGCUGCCGCAACACUUAUACAGGUAAAUGCCCAGAAUUCGCCGAACAACGAGACCAUUGACCUGCAUUACUUGCGCGUGUCCGAAGCAUUGGAAUCUUUGGACCUAUUCCUAGAUAGCCACAUUUCUAAGCUGCGGGAAUCACAAGCAAACAUCAGGAGUAUGGGUAGCCGACAGCUGUACCUGAUCACGGGUCGCGGGCGUCACAGCCUCGGCGGCCCGCGAAUCAAGCCCGCCGUCCGCCGCCGGCUGCAGGAGCGGGGACUGCCUUGCAGGGAACGCAACCCGGGACUUCUAUGCGCGCGGGUCACCGCUGAUCACAAACUUUCCUAUCAAGUGCAAAUCUGAUACCCUAAAUGGCAGUUCGAGACAUGAGGACAAAUUUUAUAAAUCAAAACAUUCAUUCAUUCCAUAUAUCACUGCCUUGUUUGCUAUUUUUUUUUAAUUUCUCUGUUCUCAUGCCUUCAUGAUCAUGGUAAAGACAUUGUGAUUAUGCCUCUGUAAAUAUGUUCCGGUAUGCCUUGUACGUAUGUAUUGUUAGGAAGUAGACUAGGUGAAGAUGAAUUCGAUUUUGAAUAUCGUUUUGAGUAAGUAUGUAAAGAGAAAGACUAAAUUAGGCAACUAAUUUCUAUAAAUUCUUUGGUAUUUUGAUUAAUUGUAACAGUUGUUAAGACAGAUAUUUCUGGAGCUUACCAGGGAGCUAUGAUAUUUGAAUAACAAAUUUUCAAUAAACCUGAUUAUAAUCAGUUGGUAUUCAAAAUCGAUCAUUUUAUACCUUUAUAGUCGGGUUUCAAAUCCGUAAGUUACAGGGUUUAUUCAAUUGUUGUUACUACCCGCCAUUUUGUGGAAUUAGAUUUAUUUUAGCUUUAAGUAUUUUUAUUAUUUACUAGAUUUAUAAGUAUAUUAUUUUCAAUGUGAUAGUACGUGUAGAAAUUAAUGGUGCCUGUGUUUGAGAAAGUAUCUAGCUUCAAGAAUACUUAUUUUGUAAUUAUUAAAUUCGAAAUGUACACGAUCGCUGACAGUCAGUUAUUGUGCUAUGUAAGAAUAUAUCUGUUAUUUGAUACACUACAAUACUUUUAAUAUGAUCAGCAUGUUAUCUACACAGUACAGAUACCAUUAAAAAGAGUAUGUAAAUAAGAAUAAGAGGCCUUUAUCAGUCACAUUAUUAUUGUUUUAAAGGGACUUUAAGGCCCUGUUUAAAAGUUUGAACAAUUUUUGUUUUUUAAAUUUGUCGAUGUUCUAAGGCAAUGACGCGGGUGAUAUAUUGUCCAAAAUCAAAGAACAAAUAAAGAUUAUGACACAAUCCCACCCGGAAAUAAUUUAGCGGACUGCUUGCGGUUACCUAGCUCUUGUCAAUGUAAAGUAUGUCUACGGAGAACGCUUUAGAGCUCACUUUUCAAUGAACGUCAUCUUGCCGGGUGGGAGCGGUGCGGUACAAGUGAGCUAUGCUAUGACCUAAACUUAUAUAGUGUAAAACUUACUCAUAGUAUUGCAUUUUUGGUACUCGACAUUGGCUUUAAACGAAAGGGACGUUUUCCGUGGAACGGACUAGUAAACAAUAUUGUUAAGAAAUAAAAUCAUUCAUUCAUUUAUUCAACAUUUAAAAUAUGUCUUGUCGGUGAUUAAAAAAAAGUGACUAAAUUGAACUGUCCUCAAACGUUUCGUUUUAUUUGAAAAAAUAAUUUGAAGAUGUCGUUUAUUUGAUGUGAUAUUUCCCCUACAAAUGCAAUACGAUGUUUAUAAUUACAAUAUCUGAGACUCUAAAGUAUUACACGGCUAGCAACCUAUUAGCUCUCCCUGAACAAAUAGCGUCGCGAGGCAGUCGCACGAUGCAUCCGCCUCGGCAGGUCACCUGCCUCGCUGGACGCUCGCCUCGAACGAGGCAACCGUAGGGAUGCCUAGACCGAACCUCGCGAGGCUACCCGACUAUUUACACUUUUCGUUAUUAAAUUUUUUAAUUAAUGUUAUAUUAAUAUAAGCACAAAAUGUUUAGUUUUAGUAUCAUUUCAAAAGACAAAUAAAUGUAUGUACCUAUGUGUCUA